GAGUGACCACCGGUAUUUUGAUCCGUCUCGCUGAUGUUAAGAUUCGUCUUAAGCAAGUGACUGCGAGAGAAUACAUAACUGCAUUUUCACAAGAGAACGAAACGAAGAAAACUAUACUGGAGAUAAAUUAUUAUACAUAGCUUAUCUUUUCAUUCGUAAACCGUAUAAACGUUAGAAAUGGCAGCAGAAGAUGAUGGAAAAGAAUAUCGAUGGGAGACUGGCUAUGAAAAAACUUGGGAAGCUAUCAAAGAAGAUGAUGAUGGCUUGCUUGAUGGUUCGGUGGCAGAGAUUAUCCAGAAAGCGAAAAGAAAGCGCAUGCUGGAAAGGAAGAGCAAUGCAAGACUAGGCAUGAUGAGACACAUUUUCGUUGUGAUCGAUCUGUCUGAAUGUAUGGCUGACCAGGAUCUGAAACCCACUCGACAAAUAUGCACAAUUAAGCUGUUAAACGCAUUCAUCGAAGAGUUCUUCGACCACAAUCCUAUUAGCCAAAUGGGUAUAAUUGUAAUGAAAAAUAAACGUGCAGAAAAAGUGAGCGACCUCACAGGAACAGCUAAGAAGCACAUAAAAGCCCUGCAUCAAAUUGAAAGCAUGCCUUGUGGAGGGGAACCUAGCUUGCAAAACGCUCUGGAAAUGGCAAUGCGGUCUUUGAAAAUGCUUCCGUCUCACGCGAGCAGAGAAAUUCUCAUCAUCCUAGGCAGUCUCACGACCUGCGACCCAGGAGACAUCAACCAGACAAUUAAUGAAUUGAAAGAACACGUGAUCCAGUGUUCACUAAUAUCCCUGGCCGGAGAAGUGCAUAUUUGCAAGGCGUUGGCCAAAACGACAGGAGGUCAGUUUGGAGUCGUUCUGGAUGACGCGCACUUCAAGGAUCUGCUUCUACUUCACGUUGAACCACCGCCAGCCGCUGCAAAACUAGAACCGGCACUAAUCAAAAUGGGCUUCCCCCACCAUGUCACUGGCGCUGUUGGACAGAGCAAAGACGCGCCCAUGCUGGCCAUUUGCAUGUGCCACUUAGAUGUACCAAGCGAGUGCAAAUUGAGCGCUGGAGGCUACUUCUGCCCCCAAUGCAACAGCAAAUACUGCGAACUUCCUGUCGAAUGCAAGGCGUGUGGCCUGACGUUGGCCUCUGCGCCGCACUUGGCCCGCUCCUAUCACCAUUUGUUCCCUGUCGCGCCCUUUGCAGAGUUGCCCUUUAAUGCAGGAGAUGAUAACGACCCUUGUUACAGUUGUCAGCGCUCCUACUCUGCUUCUAAGGACAAAAAUAUUUACAAGUGCGGGAGAUGUCUGCAAAUAUUUUGUGUUGACUGUGACAUUUUUGUGCAUGAAACUCUUCACAUGUGUCCUGGCUGUGCUUCUCACCCUUCCACUACGUCGCAGCUGAAAUGAGUAAAACCUUUUGUGUUUUCUAAA